AUGAUCAUGUCGCUGAAAUCUUGGUUGACAGGCGUGGCAGUGCUAACGCUGGUCGCAGCAACAUCCCGUCAAGAAGCGGAUCAAUGUGCUGCGCCGAUCCCGUCGCCGCGAUUGGACUGCUACCCCGUACAAGUCAAUUUCCCCAAUGCCACCGAAGAGACGUGUCUUGCGCAGGGCUGCUGUUGGGACGCGCUUGAUGCAAUUCCGUGUGCAUUCGGACGCACCACUGCUCCGUCAACCAGUCUAUGUGAUGCCGUGCUCCCUGCUUCGCGCCUUGCCUGUCGGAACCCGCGGUACUUUCUCACCGCCACCGAUGCUACGACAUGUGCCGCGCUCGGCUGCUGCUUUGACGGUACCGAAUGUUUCCAGCCGUCGUUCCUUGGAUACGAUUUGAAGCCACAGUCGUGGGUGGAAACCACGAGCGGAUACACAGGCACGCUCGUGUUGCGGUCUCGCGGACCGUUCGGCAACGACAUUUCAGAACUGUCAGUGGAGGUCACUGCGGACGCGAGCGACCAAGUUCGCGUGCGCAUUUUCGAUCCAUCAUUCCGCCGGUACGAAGUCCCGCUUCCGUUGCAUCAUCCCACCACCACCAGAAACUCCUCGAGCCGCAAUUCGACCUCGUCGCGACUGUACUCUGUGAGCGUCACAUCGUCUCCGUUUGGCAUCGCCAUCACCCGCAUUUCCACGGGCGAAACGCUCUUCAAUUCGACCCCCGCAGGUCAUUUCAACGGUCUUGUCUUUGCCAACCAGUACCUUGAACUCUCCACGUCCAUGCCCACGUCGGCGCCGCCAACGUUCUUUGGCCUUGGCGAGCACGUCGGCCGCUUUCUCGGCAACGCGUCGGGGGACCGCUACACGAUCUGGGCGCGGGACCAACCAGCAGACACGUUCCAUGUCCACACGUCCAAGGGCGGGGACAACGUCUACGGUGUCCAUCCGUUCUACAUCCGCGUGGAGGACUCGGGGCUCGCGCACGGCGUGUUUCUUCUCAACAGCAACGCGCUCGAGGCGGUGGCGACCCCCCAUGCCAUCACGUUCCGGACGGUCGGGGGCAUCAUCGAUCUCUUCGUGUUCGUCGGUCCGUCGGCGCCGUCUGUCGUGGCCCAGUACACGGCGCUCGUGGGUCGACCGAUGAUUCCGCCCUACUGGUCGCUCGGGUACCACCUCUGCCGGUGGCAUUACCACUCGUUAGAUGACGUCGUGUCCGUGGUGGAGCGCAUGCGGGCGGCGGGGGUGCCGCAGGACGCCCAGUGGACCGACAUUGACGUUAUGGACAGGUACCUCGACUUUACAUGGGACCCGACGUCGUUUCCCCAGCCCAAAGUGUCGGCGUUCGUGGACGACCUCCACGCGCACGGUCAGCACUACGUGCCCAUCGUGGACGCCGGCAUCGCCGUCACGAUCCCAUCAUAUCCGGCGUACGAGGACGGAUUGGCGCAGCAUGUGUUUAUGAAGGACGGGUCGAACGUGUCCAUUGAGCAAAACAUCGUGUGGCCAGGAAUGGUCGCAUACCCAGACUUUUUCCAUCCCAACGCCACGUCCUACUGGCUAAAGCAGUUGAAACGGUACUACGCGACGGUCAAGUACGACGGCAUUUGGCUCGACAUGAACGAGCCAAGCAGCUUUUGCAUCGAAGGCGGGCGCGAGAGCCUCUCGUGUGUGUUCAACGACUCGUACGCGCCGUACACGUUUGUCCGGUCCCAGGACACGGCGUACCCGUUCGAUCCGUUCCGCCAGCCGUUUGUGCCGGGUCAAGCCGUGAACGGCAAUCUCGCGGCCAUGACGGCGUCCAUGGCGGCGCACCACGUCAACUCGCUGCACUACAACGUCCACUCGCUCUUUGGCCACUCGGAGAUCGUCGCCACACGCCUCGCGGUCGACUCGAUCCGCCCCACGACCCGCACCUUUAUCCUGUCUCGGUCCACGUUUGCCGGCGACGGACAGUACACGGCGCACUGGCUCGGGGACAACGCCGCCACGUGGGAGGACCUGCGUCAAAGCAUCGCGGGCGUGCUCUCGAUGAACGUGUUUGGCAUGCCGAUGGUCGGUCCGGACGUGUGUGGCUUUGGCUUGAACACGACCCAAGAGCUGUGCAUUCGAUGGCACCAGGCCGCGAUCUUGUAUCCGUUCCUUCGAAACCACAACAUGGCGGCAAAGGAUCAAGCGCCAGUAGACUUUGACAACGACGCCAUCGACGCGAUUCGAAAGACGCUCCUGGAGCGGUACCACAUCCUUCCAUACUUGUACACAUUGCUCUACCGCGCGCACGUCGACGGCAGCACGGUCGCCCGGUCGCUGUACUUUGAGUUCCCGUCCAAAGAAACUUUGGCUAUCGACUCGCAGUACCUACUCGGGUCGGCGCUACUGGUGUCUCCGGUGCUCGAACCUGGCGCGCGCCAAGUCGCCGCGUACCUUCCCCCGUCCGCCACAUGGUACGAUCUGUGGACGGGCGUCCCCGCCGCCGCGACUGGCGCGGUGGUACUGCCGGCCCCGCUGAACACGGUGCCCCUCCACGUGCGAGGCGGGUCGAUUGUGGCGCUCCAGUACCCCAACACCACGACCACCAGUAGCCGCAAGAACCCUUUCCGCCUCGUUGUGGCGUUGCCAGCGUGGUCGUCGGGUAUAACCAACACGACUGCUGCCACUGGCGAGCUGUACUUGGACAGCGGCAACUCGGUCAACCCCGUGCAAACAAGCGUCUUUUCCUUGCACCAGUACACGGCAAAACAUGCCUCCAACGGAUACCUUCGCAUCGACGCGGAAGCCGUGGCAGAGGGGUACACAGGUCCCGAAACCAAAGUGCUCGUGGACGCCAUUCAUGUGUAUGGAGUCCACGGGUACGACGCCGACAGCGACGUGCAUGUAGCGUACGUCAAAGUGCUCAACAAGCGCACGGCCACGGGGACGUACUUUGCCGCCAACAACACGCUCGUGAUCACGGACCUGUUGAUUGAAGUGGGCAUGUCGUUUGCAUUGGAGGUAUUUCCGCUGGCCAAGCAUAUCACCAUCGCCCCCGCACCGACCAGUCGGCCUGCUGAUGCCGACGCCAUCUCAACGUGGCUGUACGUGGGCGUGGGGUCUGCUACGUUCAUCGUGCUGGGUGGGGUCUACCAGAUCUUUAGCCGACGUCGUGGCUACACCCAAGUGUUGUAA